ACAUCAUUCACUUUACAAUGUUUUCCACCACAUGCUGGACUAGGUCCUGUAAUGCCUUCUAUCAAUAUAAUCGAGCCAUCUGCUAAUUCUUAUUCAAUGAAUAAACCUUUGUUGAUAAGUUGGAAAGGUUUUCUCAUUGAUGAUAACCCCGAGUUGCAAAUACAAUUAUGGCGUAAGGAUACACAUCUUAACGAUUAUCCAAAAGAUGUUUAUUACGAAAACCUCACGGUUAAUUGGGUUAAUUGGAUUACUCCAAAUGAGAGUGAUAGUGAAUUCAGCAUUAGAAUCUUUAAAAAAGAUAAUCAUUGCAUACAUGGUAUCUCUUCUACUUUUAAUGUAACAGAUUAA